CUCUUGUUCUCAUCCCAAUCAAAACCACUUGUAAUUAGUCUCUCUCUCUCUCUCUCUAAACUACAAACAAACAAAUCUUAUUAAAAAGAAGAAGAAGAAAUGGAUCAAAUAGAAGCAAGUACUUCAGUGGUGGCAAAGAAACUAUGGAACAUAGUAAGAGUAGUGUUUAUAAUGAUGAGGAAAGGAUUAUCAAAGAGCAAGAUCAUGGUUGAGUUUCAUAUGCUCAUGAAGCGAGGGAAGCUAGCCGGAAAGGCCCUAGCUCAAAACUUCGUCCUCAACCACGCCACCUUCUCCUCCUCUUCAAUCUCCACCGGCGGCGGCUUUGGUUGCCGCUCAAACGACGCCGUUUCCUUCAUCUCGCCAAGGGAGUAUGAGUUCAGCUGCAGCAACAGCCCCGCCGCCUUUAACAACUUGUACAAAACUUUUGGUCACUUCAACAAGCGCAGUAACAAACACCAUUACUUCACCAAGUCAUCUGGUGCCAAUAAUACUAAUUACGAUUACGACGACGUUUCCAACACCGUUAACGCCGUCCAAAAGGUUCUGUUCGAGAUGUACAACAUGAACCAUAACAACAACAGUAGUCAUAUAUAUCCGUCGUCCACGGUGGAGGCGUCGCCGUUAGUGACGUUGCCGGGGUUCGGAAAGAGUCCGAUGGGGAUGAAGCAGUUGAGAAUAACGGACUCACCUUUUCCGUUGAACUACGAGGGAGGUGACACGCAGGUGGAUUCUAAGGCUGACGACUUCAUUAAAAGGUUCUACAGGAAUCUUAAGAUGCAAGGCACCCCGGCUCGAUCUCAGGUCUACGGUUGAUAAUAAUCAUCGCAUAUAUAUUUAUAUUACUUAUAAUUUGAUCAUAUACGUACGUGUACGUUACAAAGAAAAAAAACAUGAGUGUGAAUUAAUUUGACCAAUGGUGGUUUUUUGUUUUUCCCCUUCAACUUUUAUCUUCUUUUUCCCAGAAGGGUGUGAACUAUAAUGAAUUAGUUUGUUACACCUAUAUAUCGCCACAGCUAGCGCCUCCGUCGACCUGGAGUAGUGAUCGAUCCAUAUAUGGUUUGAUGAUGGUGAUGUGCUUUUAAUUUUUUGGGGUCAUAGACUACAUCUUUCACUAUAUAUAUAGUCACAUAUGGCCUUGUAAAUUAUCUAAUUAAUUACAGAUAUAUAAAUGAAUGUCACUCUUAUUUUAAUUUA